CACAGAUAGAAGGUUGACGGUCUAGACGAGAGGGGAAGUAUUCUGUAAUGUCGUAUAGUUUGUUGAAUUUUGUGACAUUUUUUCGCAUAUUUGUAUAUACAUGUAGUAUCACAUAGGAUUAAUCUGUAACUCCACCAAUGUUCAUUAUCUAUUAAACAUAAAGCAGUUCACACCAAGAAUAGUAUUGAACAACUAUAUUGAAGAUGAUAGGACACUAUUAUAGAUAUGUAUUGAUAUCUGACAUAUGAGGUAUACAAAAGCAUAACAAUAUACAAGUAGUAGAUUAAUUAAAUACAAUUAGAUAUGUAGAUAUAAUUUAAAUAUAAUUAGAUAUCUAUAUCUAUAUACAUGUCGAUUGUGUGGUGUUAGGCUAUUGAUGAAAGAGGAAUAUAAUAUUGAUCACUGAGUUUGUGGGAUACUUUAAUUUGUUGAUUGGAAAGUGAUAUUUAUCAAGCAGGUUUCCGAAAUUGCUUAUGUCACACUUUUAAAAAUUAGUUGUUUACAUUGCCUUGACAACCACGUGAAACAGGGUAAUUCAGUAUGUAGGAUAAAUCGUAGUUAAAAGAUACUUUUUGUGAUGUGGAUUUUGAUAAACACAUCAUGGAGUUAAAAGUUUGGGUAGAUGGAAUACAAAGAAUUAUCUGUGGUGUGACGAAUGAGACGACAUGUCAUGAUGUCAUCAUUGCCUUGGCCAAUGCUAUGGGUCAGAUAGGAAGGUUCACGUUAGUUGAGAAAUGGCGUGAUAUCGAGAGACCAUUACCACCACAUGAUUUUCCAGCUUUAGCUUUACAAAAAUGGGGGGAAUAUGCAUCAGAGGUGAAACUUCAUCUGUGUCAGUCGGAUUCAGAAAAGAAAAAAGGGAGCUGCAACAAACAAAGCAAGACUGUGGAUAAAUUCUCUCAUAGCUUUUCUCCUCCAGAACAGUCAGCAGAAACUUCAAGCUCGAUCAAAAGAUCAUCAACUUUCAGUGGUGCUCGUAAUUUAAAUCCCACCCCUAAAUCACAUCAUGAGAAACGUGUAUCAAGAUUACAAUCAAUCACAGAGAAUAAUCAUUCAGAAGGCUUACAUCCCCUCCCUCAUUCUUCUAGUUUUACACGACCAGUUCCUUCGCCAAGGUGUACAUCAUCAUCAAAUCGAACAGUCUCGCCUUUAGACUUAACCUCAGCAAGGAAUAUUCAAAACAAUACUCCAGUUGCAAGUAAAUCUUCCUAUAAUAUAGCGCAUCCUUUACCCAAUCGUCCUUUUCCAAACCAUAAUAUUCAAAAUGGUUUCGCUAAACAGCACCAUUAUUCUAAUCAUGAGCACUUUGUGCCGGAUCAAAGUGAUAUAAAUAAUGCACCAUUUGGUGUUAGAAACAGUAUUGGACGUAGUCGGAGCCCCCGACAUCGGAUUGAUGAUUUGGUCGCCAUUGAACAUACAUUAGAAGAUGGAAAUCAUUCACAUGCUUCUAGUCUAGAAAUUGAGGAGUACGAUUUGGACAGGAAUUUUCCUGAUAUCUUACGUGAUUCUAAUAGAACUGAUCUGCCAUCUGUUCAUACAGAAUAUAUGUUAGAUCACAAUGUAGAAAUAGGGCUUGAUCCUGAACAUGCCAGAUUAGUGAGAUUGGUGACUGCUCAACAAGAUCGUCUCAAAACACAAGAAUCUCAGAUAGAUCAUGUAAAUACAGAAAUUGUGACAUUAGAAGAAAAAGAAAAAGAAUAUGAAGAACAAUUGCAGAAAAUAACGACUGAAUUAUUAAUGUUGGAACAGAGACAGAGGGAAGAGGAAUCAGAAGUUAUACAAUUAGAAUCUGUUUCAAUGGAGGAAAAACUUGUGAAUUCUCAGAAACAAGAACAAGACCUCCAGUUACAAAUUUCUCAAUUGAAAAGCAAAAGACUAAUUUGUGAAAAACAGAUCAAUGACAAUCGAUUUAAAGAAACACAGCUUAAUAAAAAUAUUGCAGACAUCAAAAAUGAGAUUAAAAAUUCUGAAAAGAAGGUUUACGAAGAAGAGCAAGGAUUCAAGGUGGAAAUCAAUCAAUUAAAAGAAAAACAGGCUAUUAAACAAAAAGACUGUGAUACGAUAGAAAGAGAAUUACAAAGUGUAGAUAACGAUUUAAAAACUUUAGAAAGUGUCUAUCAACGAAAAGUGAAAGAAGUAGAUAAGAUAGAGGAGGAAUUAAAAGAAGAAAACUUGAAAAGUUUAGAAGACUUAACUCCACUGGAAUCAACUUCAGAACCUGCCACUACCAAUAAUGGUGAAGCCAUUCUCAAGAUAUUGGAAGGUAGACUAUCACCAAGGCCUGGUACUACUUCCAGCAAGCUCAACACGCCUCAAGUCUUUAUAAACUCUCUCUCUACUAAAAACCCUAAUGGUGUGUGGGUUUAAAACUUGUAUAAAUGUACCUGUGAUUUUUCACUCUAUUUUUUUUUUGAUGCAGUAAUUACUAAUACACGUUUACAAUGCUGUUCAAGUAAUGUUAUACAUGUAUAACUUCAUAUAGCCCCAUAUUCACAUUUAAGGCCUGUGUGUACCAUGGAUUAUUUGUCGUCGACAGCCCAGAACAGUCACAUGUUUAGACAGAAGUUUUUUUGUUUUUUUGGGGGGUUUUGGGUUAUUUUUUUUUAAAGACAGCAGUGAUAUUAACAUAUACAAGAAAUCCACAUCACUAUUAUUAUUAUUACAUGGUAAUAUCUUUUUAGAGCCUCUGGUCAUGAUUAGAGUAAUGUAGGAAUCCCUUGCAAAAUACGAUGUAAAAAUCCCUUGCAAACUACAGUGUUGUAAAAUGUUAAUCUCGAACGGGACUAUCAGUCAGAAAAUGGUUCAGUACCUACAAAGAUAUGAUGAACAGAAAUGCCAUCGCUGCCCACUAUGUAAAUGGUACAUGUUAAGUUUUCUCUCUUCUCACUUGUUUUUCCUUGACAGACUCGGUCAACAACACAGGUCAACAAUUGAAGUUUAUCUUUCCACCAUUUUGCAAUCUACUUAGGCUAUUUUGUUUUCUUAAUUAACUGUUAAAUAAUCAAUCUGAGUACAUAAUAGCUCAAUGGAUUAAUUAAAAUCAUGCAAGUUACUUUAAGUGUUCACCCAAACAAUGAUUGAUCUAUACAAAAUUAAACAUGAUCUCCUCGGGCUUUUACAAACAAUCUCCAUUAUAAAAUCGUGCAUUUUGAUUAUAGCUCUAUUAUUAAUUAUGACCCUCAUAUAGCAUAAUCCUGGAGGAUUAGUUACUGGCAAGUAGUGAACCUGUAAAUGUAUGAUGUAGCAUGAAGGUAUGAAGAAACAAGAGGGACAACUGUUGGGUUGUACAAUUUUAAAACAGAGCAAUGAUUAUUUGUCUGAUGAAAAUCACAACAAAUAGACUUUGUUGUGCACAGACAGGCCUUUAGAAAUAUUAUUGUACCCAUUGGAUGGUUGUCAUUGUUAAAUUAUUGUGAAAGUAUUCACAACAUCUACUUUUUAGAAUUAAGGCCACAUCCAAAAAAAUUUCUGUUAGUGGGGAAUUGUUUUUAAAAGUCUACAAGAGAGAGAGCCCCCUUUUUUUCAGCAGUAUAAUUAAAAAAUAUAAAUAUGAUGUGGUAAUUUUCUUUUGAUUUCAAAAUAAGAAAUUGCCAACUGUAUAGCUAAUAGGUUCUCAAACUCAUAGCGUGAGGCUGUCACUAAUGUGAGGAAUGGUUUAGAAUUAGUUUUGAAUGUUCUCUUCUUUUGCAUAUUUGAUUAAGAUGGUGGCUCAACCAGGAUGUCCCAGCUUUAAUCUCGGUGUUGGCCGACAAAGUUCCUUAAGAUAUUCCUGUGUGGUUUCACCCUUGUCAGUGGUGCAGGACAAAGGGCCUUUGACAGUUGUAAUUUGAAAUACAUGUAAGAGUAGGCUGUAGUGUUGUUGUCCGGGCCAAAUUUCCCUCAUGGCACAUUGCAUGGCGUAUGCCUGUCUUGAUUAGCAUGAAUGGAACAGGAAAGUAUUAUGUUAAACCUUAUUUCAUAUCAGUUUAUCGAGUAGCGCCAAACAGCGUUAUGGGCUUUAUGAUUGACAUGAGUACAUACCCUUUUUAUACGACCACAUUGAAAUGUGGUUGUAUAUUGUCAUCACCCCCAUUUGUCCGUCAAACCGGCAUCCACAAUUGUUAAAGUCGGUAUUCGAUUCACAUUAAAUUAAUACACGGUGUUUAAGGUUUCUGAUAAAUACUGCCAGAGUUAUGGAACUUGAUCACUUUGAGAAAUCUUGUGAACACUCUAGAAGAUAAAGUUAACAUCCGAUUGACUUCAAAUUCAUACACAGUGUUUAAUGAUUUCUGAUUAUGACUUAAUGGGUUAUUUCCGGUACUCGUAAUCAGAUUUUAGUUUGUUUUAAAUGUUUUGAUUACUGACAAAGAAAAAAUAUGUGACAACCCUUGUUGACUGCCCGGACAACAUAGCCUGGCAGCCUAUCUUUUAUGGUGUUUUUCAGCAUCUAAGCCUAUCAUUAUACAAGCAUUAAUUAAAAGAAUGGUAUGAUAUAUGUGCAUACAUAAAAAAACAGCCUCUAUAUAACAACUUUGCCUGCUUUUUGAAAUACAUGUAGUAAAAUUUUACAUUCCAUUCCAUUCCAACAACAGAUAUGUUAUUAUUCUUGCCAAGAUCAAUUUCCUGUAAUAUCAGGUUUUUUCUAGAAAUAAUUUAUCUUCUUGAUAUUUCCAUACUAAGCUUUAUUUUAUUCUCAGGUUGAUUAAAUGAAAAACCAUAGAUUUAUUAAUUUUGUAUGAAAGUUAUAUGUUUUCAGUGCUUUUCCUUUGGAGUUCACAAGGCUCUGUUUGUUUCAAAUAUUAUUGUACAUAACUUUUGUUCAAUUAGCUUUCAUUAAUAUUACAGGGGACAAUUAAAAUGGGUCUGUCGGUCAGUCACACUUUUUGGGACACACUAAAAUGUUCAAACUUGGGGUAGGUAUUUAUUAGAUGAAUGUCUGGACUGGGUUUGAAGAUGAACAUUUUCUGCUUAGUCUAAGCAGAGAUAAGCAAUUUGAUUGGAUGAGACUUUUGGACACGAUAACUUUGAUUCUAUUUUAGGAAGAGUGAAGAAACUUAGUGUAUAGUUUCACUACAUCAAUACCGUGACUUAAGUUCGAUCAUGAUCAUUUUAUGCCUUGGCUAAGUACACAUAAAGAUAAAUUUUUGCAAUUAAUUACAUGUCUUAUCUAUUUAUUGUGAACACAAUAUAAUUGAUUUUUUUAUAUAUCUUUUCUGAAUUAUUAACAUUAUUUUUAUACCCCAACAUUGAAAAGUGAUUGUUGUCACCCUGACUGUCCAUCCAUGGGUGGGGGGUAGGAUGGCUGAAUAGUUAGCGUGUGCGCAUUUUAUCGUAAGGUCUGUAAUUGAGUCAACUGCCAUGGUUUCACUUCCCUGGUUGUAAGUGACAAGGAGUAGGGUCGCCGGUCCUUCCCCUGCUGAAAGACCCCUACACGCAAUGGAAUUAUUGAAAUAAAAUUGAACCAUGUGUUAAUCCCGAAAUGACCUACAUGUAGUUUGUGUCGAGUGGACCUCUUCUCUCUCUCUCCCCCCCCCCCUCCCGGGGUGGGGCAGCCACAAUUGCUUGUGGAUACUCAAGAUACAAUUGACUUUAAAUUUAUACACAGUGUUUAAAGUCAUGAGACGGAGAAGUCUAUUGAUUUUCAGUGAUUUCCGAUAAUUACUGCCAGAGAUAUGCCCCUUGAUCACUUUCAAAACUGUUGUGGACACUAUGAAGGCUAGUUAUCAUCUGAUUGACUUCAAAUUUAUACAUAUUGGUUACGGUCAUUAGACAAGGAAGCCUAUUGAUUUUCUAUAAUUUCUGCAGAGUUUUAGCCUAGAGGCUAAAGUUAGUAUCUGAUUGACUUCAAAUUCAUACACAUCAGUUAAGGUUAUAAGACGAUGAAAGUUAAUAGUUUUCAGUGAUCUCCGAUAAUUAGUGACAGAGUUAUGCCCUUUGAUGACUUUAAAAACUCUUGUGCACAUUGUGAAGGCUAAUGUUAACAUCCGAUGGACUUCAAAUUUAUACAUAUUGGUCAAGGUCAUGAAACGAGGAAACCUGUUGAUUUUCAACGAUUUCCAGUAAUUACUGCCAGAGUUAAAGCCCUUGAUCACUUUGACUUUAAUAUUAAACACAGUGUUUACGGUUAUCCAAUUGACUUUAAUAUUAUACACAGUGUUUAACUUUUUAAGUCAUGAGAAAUGAAUAUGUCUGUUGAUUUUCAGCAUUAUUGCUCUUGAUCACUUGGUUAGAAAAAUCUUGUGGGCACUCUCCAGACCAAUGUUUAAGGUCAUGAGACAACAAAGCCUAUAGAUUUUCAAUGAUUUCAGAUAAUUCUGCUGGAGUUAUGGACCUUGAUCACUUUGAAAAUUUUGUAGACGCUCCAGAGACCAAAUUUAUUAUCCGAUUGACUUUAAAUUUAUUUGCAGUGUUUAAGGUCAUGGAACAACGAAGCCUGUUGAUUUUCCAUGGUUUCUAAUAAAUAUAGCCAGCAUUAUGGUUCUUGAUUUUCAACGAUAUUUAAUAAAUAGAAAACCUAAGUUCAUGAUAUUACUUGUUUUGUAUAAUUAACGUUAGUAUGGGGCAGAACUAGAAGCCAGACAAAUUCUAAUAAUUUCUGAUAAUUACUUAAUGGGAUAUUACUCUUAAUCAUUUUCUACUAGUGUGUUGUAAAUCUUUUCAUUAUCGACAAAAGAAAAAAUAUGCUACAAACCCUUGUUGACUGCUUGGAUGACUUAGCUGCCCUGGGCAUAAUAUGUACUUGCCUGGCAACCUAUAUUAUCUUUAUUUUAUAUUUCUAAGGAAAUGUAUAUAACUACAUGUACUUGUUAAUCUGAUCAUAUUUAUUUUCACAAAUAUAAAUAUUUUCCUGAUUUUGUGUGUGAUUGCUUAUGUUUUGGGAAAGAAAUUAUUGCAAAAAAAAUAUUUUUUAUGUUUAAAAAUAUUUAAUUUGCAGAUAGACAUACAUGUAAGUGAAGCACUGGGAAAAUUGAAAUCAGUGAAAUUCAAAUAAAUUUAUCUUUAUAAUUUAUUGUCUUAAUUGACAUGAACUGAUAUUUUCCAGUCUACAUGGAUUAGGUUAGGUCCUAUUACUAUAUUUUUCUGUUUAUACUUCUGUGUUUAUAUAGUGCUAUUAAUUUGUAUGUUAAACUAUGUCAUCGUAAAGAGUUUGAUUUAUUUAUAGACUUAUUAUGAAGUAUGUAAAUUAGAAUUGCGACCAGAGCUUAUGAUUUAUUUUUUAUGGAUGUGGUGAUGACUAGAGAGUAAGUAGCUAGAACUAUUUUCUUGUUGCUUCUCUUAAUGUCAAGAAUACAAACUCAACUUUAUUUCAUGAAGGGUUGUGUGCAAUGCAAAUAGCAAACACAUAAUGAUGAAUAAAAUAUUGAAAUAUGUAAAA